AUGGAUUUUACAUUUUAUGCGAACUCUGAUGCACUAUUAAUCGAAACGUCGUCAACGAGCUCCAAGGAGUCGUGGGCGUUAUCCAACGGUAUCGUGAUGGACAGUGGAGAAGAGUAUUUCGGGUGGAACGCUUUGAAAAAUGUUGAAACCGCCGAAGGAAAGCCGCUCAACAAGAAGCGGAAAAUAUCGUCAGAUCUGCGCGAGGAUCAGCUCAGUACCAAACAGCCAAACAUCUUCAAGCUGUUGAAGGACCCGUUGGAGUUGGAUCAGAAAUUGGAGGCCGUUAAGAAGGUUGCACAUAAUGGAAAAGGUUCGACGAGAAUGCCUUCGCAAUGGAAUGUGGAAGACUAUGGAGAUAUCCAGCAGGAAAUCGACAAUUCCCUAAACCUGGAUGCGGAUUUAUCCGCAAAUCAUUAUUCCAGUGAGUCGAAGUCAGCAAUGAACAGUCUGAUGGUGUUCAAACAGGAAGCUCUGUCUCCCACAAUGAACGAGGUGGCUCAUUCACAGGCUCGUCACAAUCGGCAAAGCCCUACAUCGACACAGAAAGGAGCCAUGGUGAAUCCGAUCAACAGCACCAUGGAGGAGAACAGCCAGAACAUGUUCAACAGCACAAUCAAUCAGCUUUUGAGCCAAAGUGCCUUGGUUAAUUUGCACAGCGUUAUUGAUAACAACAAUUUGUCUACAUCGCCACAUUCCCAGGACAACUUUGGAGUCUCUUCCACCAAUAAUUACAGUUCGCUGGAAGAUUGUCGAUUCCAGUAUGUUUUGGCGGCCGCCACCAGCAUUGCCACCAAACAGAAUGAGGACACUUUAACAUACUUGAAUCAGGGACAGAGCUAUGAGGUCAAAUUGAAGAAAUUGGGCGAUUUGUCCAUGUAUAGAGGCAAAUUGCUAAAG